UGUCGCCAACCAGCGGACAACGGCGAUCGACUCCGGCCAGCAGUCUGCUCUGAUGUCGUAUUUAGGCUUACCGGGAUGAAGUGCUGCUUUGACUUGUAGGCCACGUCACACAGAGGACCGACGUCUCCAGUUGCAGCCUCGCGUCUUGCUCGCUAGACGCCGAGGAAGGUAGCCAUUGUUUGAGUUGUUGGCUAACAUGGCAACGGAAGCUAACACGAGCAGCGUCGGCUAGACGGAACGGACGUGUUGCAGCAGAAGAUACCGGCCAGUGGGUUUUAAUGAUGAAAUACGGUCGUUAACCCGGGACUCAAACUGCCUUGUGAACACUGGUGUGGUCGUCCUGCAUCAUGUGUGAUGGCUGUGAGGCUAGAGAGCAGUGCCUGUCCCUCUCUCCUUCAUCUUGGCCCAGCCCUCCCAUUUAACCAUAUCCACAAAGUCUCUCGCCCAAACCUGCCAAGAUGACUGACAGGAAGGAGCCUCCCUUCUUUAAUGAUGACAGCGUGGGAGCUUUUCACUAUAAUCUCCCUUUCUAUGACACUAUGGAGCUCUUCAUAGAGACCCUGACAGGGACCUGUUUUGAGCUGCGUGUGUUGCCCUUCGAGGCCGUCUUUUCAGUCAAGGCAAAGAUCCAGAGACUGGAAGGUAUCCCGGUUGCCCAGCAACACCUUAUCUGGAACAAUCUGGAGCUGGAUGAUGAACACUGUCUACACGACUAUGGUAUUGCAGAGGGCUGCACUUUGAAACUGGUCUUAGCUAUGAGGGGAGGCCCAAUUAACACCAGGAGAGUAACCAUGGACGACCCUAUCAAAGAGGUUACUGACCUGAUGGAGAGCAUAAAGGAGGAGGGUUGGGAGAAAAGCGUGGCCAACAAGCAGGUUACGUUUGUGGUCUACCGGGAAAAUGACCAGCUGAACUUCUUCCGAGUGGUCGACAGGGGAGAUGGCACCAUGACCCCUCUGUCUGAAUCUGUGAGUGGUGGCUCGGUGUACAAUGUGUGUGCAGAGGAAGAAGAAGAAGAGGAGGAGGAGGAUUAUGAUGAUGUAGAGUGUUCUGCAGCGACACAGCAAAGCCUUGAGAACUCCAUAACCAUGAACAAAAUGAAGCUACUCAAAGCCAAGAUGGAGGACAUGAACCUCAACAAGAAGCCGAAGAAGUCCGCCAAGGUAAAGCCACGGCCCCCUGUCAACCCACAUCCCGGCGGUGGCUCUCUCGGACCGACCAGCACGCGACACCGCCAUCGCCUCUUUCGGUCGCUCUCCAAGAUAAACCAGCCUCGGCAGUCAAAUGUACAGCUACCUCCAAUCGCAGAUCAUGAAUCCAUGGACCCCUUCCCGCUCUCUGCUGCAACCGCUGCCCCCUUUUUUAUCCCGAGACGACCACCUCCCUCUUUCCCAUCGCUGUCUUGUUACAUGCUUCAGGAGGAAGAGCCAUGGGAGACGUGCCCUCCAUUUGCAAAGAUCCGGCCCCCUCCCAAAGUGUCCCGGUUGGACAUUGGCAGCGCCAGGUUGAUGAGGGACUGUGUGUACCCUCAGCUCCCUCCCCUGUGUAGCAGAGGUCCACCUGACGCAACGUUUGACCCGGCUGAGCCUUCAGCGGAGGCUGUAGGGCUGAGGAUGUUGGAGGAAGCCACUGGGCUGAUGGUGCCAGCUCAUCCUGGAGCUCCGUUUGGGGAACUGUUCGACCCUCUGAGUCGAGACGUGUCCGGCCAGCCAGAGGCAGGUCAUCGGUCGCUCGAGUUUGGGGCUCGGCACCAGUUGCCGCUCUCCCCAUCCCCACUUAGUACCUGGACACUUGGAACAAGUGAUACUCUCACCAGCAGAGGGGAUCGGACACAGCUUGGCACACCAUUUCAUAUCAGCUGCCCCUCACCAUCAACUUCUACCAGACCGCUGCUUCAGGCUUCUGAUUCCACGCCCUCUGGUUUACAGCCCAACCUUCAAUCCCCAGCACAGGUGAAGCCAGGUAGCACCUCCUCUCGCCCCUCCACCACCACGUCAACUCAUCAGCGAAGCCUUCGCGGUGUCAAAGUAGAGUCACUUGGCAAGAGACCAGAGAUUAUCUCCAAGAGGGAAGCAAGAGGCAUCACUAAGAUGGCCAACCGAGCAUGGAAGGAUCCAGUUGGGUCCCUGAACAACUCUGAACUCUUAGCAUCUCUCUCCGCAAGGGCUCCAGACCGCAUUAACAUCAUGGACGGCCUUGAAGGGAGUCUGGGCCUCUCAUUGGCGUUGCCCCCUGCCACGGCCUCAGGGCUGGGCAGCCUUGGCUCCAGGCUGCCGUCCAUCCCAACGAGCAGACUCCAUCAGGAUGACCCGACAAGACAAAUGUCCCCUCUGCACCGAGCAGCAGCCUCUUGCAUGGCCACCCCCCCUCUUGCAUCAGCUGGAGGAGUCAUGACAUCAUUCGGAAGAAUAGGCGCUCCAACAUACCACCUACCUCCAGUCAAGGCUCCCACGGGCAGCAAGAAGAGGAGCUCCAAGCAUUGCUUCCUCUGUGGCAAGAAGACUGGCCUGGCCACCAGCUACGAGUGCAGGUGUGGUCACAACUUCUGUUGCACCCACCGCUACGCAGAGACGCAUGGCUGCACUUAUGACUACAAGGGGGCCGGACGGAGAUUUCUGCAAGAGACCAACCCUCUGAUCAGUGCUCCCAAGUUGCCUAAGAUCUAGCCCAUCGACCCUCGCAGAGGGAAGGAACUUAUUCACCACUGUGUGCUUUUUUUAUCAGCCAAGUUUGCUUAAAAUGUAGAUCAAAUAUUCUGUAAAGCCAAGUGUGAACAAACUAAAGUAGACUGAAAUAACUGAUUAUUACUUCUUGACAAUGUGAAGAUGUUUAUCCUUUAUCUGUUACCAGGUUCUUUUUCGAACGCAUACAAAAAAAACCUGUGCUUGUAUGUAGGUAGUUCUUGCUAAAUAUAUCUGCUGCACGUUCAGACAUAUCUAUUUUUUUAGUUGUCAGGCUUUUUUUUUAAAGAAGAAAAAAAAGAUUGGACCGCUGGUGACUUUUCAUUCAACAAAUCUUUGACAGAUGCACUUUAGAACUAUCAUAUUUAUCCAUGUGGCUUUCCUUAUUGUGUGGGGGAAGAAGACUUACAUUUCUGUGUUUGUCUUUUUAAGUGUUUAUGAUGUCACUCAGAUUGAGAUAUUCUUCACCUCUAAAUGUCUUUCUUACACAGGCACAUCCAUACAGACAUCACUAAUGAAAUCUUUCUUUCAAAAGAACAAUACACACACUCAUUGAUAACGUUCUUAAUAUUUAUUAAUGAAUACAAAUUCACGGUUGUUUUUUAGAAUACUAGGUAUGCAAUGUGUGUGAAUGUCAGUUGUAAUCCUAUAAAGUAAGCUGUAUUGGUUUUAAAGGAGUUAUGGUAUUUGUGUCUACAAGUAAGAUGCUUGCCAUAAAAAAAGAACUUUUAUAAAAGCCUUUUUUUAUUGCUCUGCUGUUGCAAAACACGUUUAAUGCUGUUAUAGUAUCUACAGAAGUUUGACCUAAUAAAGUUUAUUUCCGUACAUACUGUA